AUGUAUAGAUCCAGUCCUUUCAAAACAUUUGUGAGAACCAAAGCUGAAUAUGUGAAAAAUACCAAAUUUGGGUCUAAACCAGUCCAGUUCUCAAAGUUUAAAAAACUUGUACCCAAGACAUACACGUUUCAUCCCUAUGAACCAGCCAAGAAGGUGGAAAUCACGCCUAGCUUGCAGCAAUUGAAGAACCAAAUACAUUCUGGGAAAGAAAUCACCAAAAAGCAAUAUCUAAAUAGUCUUCAUUUCAAAUUUCAAGAAGGUAAAGAGGAAAACUCGUUAGAAUAUCUAAAACAGUGCAUCAGUCUAAUCAAUUCAGGGAAACCAUUAAUUGCCAUGGAUUGUGAGUCGUACGAAAGGAACCAUCUGCAAGUGACAGAAAUUGGAGUGGCGCUUAUGAACUACCGAAAUCUGACAGUUCCGCAAAUUAAAACGAUUCACGUUGUUGUAAAAGAGCAUUUCAAAAAGCGAAAUACCUUGUAUGUGCCCGACAAGAAAGAUCAAUUCAUGGGCGGGACAUCAUUUGUUAUGACUGAAAACAAAACCCGUAUAUUUUUACAAAAAUUGCUUGAUAAAUACAUAGAUCAAAUGGAUGGAAUAUUUGUUGGGCACCAAGUGUCGUCUGAAUUGAGAUAUUUUAAAAGUAUUGGGGUUAACUGCAAACCAGACGUUCAUACAAUCGAUACAAUGAAACUAAUGCAGUUGAGCAAAAGUGGAGGUAAUUCUCUAUGGGCAACAUUACGGGAACUUGAUAUCCCGUACGGUCAUUUGCAUAAUGCGGGUAACGACGCUUACUUUACAUUGUUAGCGGCUUUAUCGUUAUGUGAUCCCGUAGUAAGAAUUGAUAAGAAUUUAGACAUAUACAUGGACUCACCCUAUAAAGGUAAAAAGGCAACACAUGAUGAUAGUUCGACUUAUUUUAUAGUUGAAGAUAUUGAAAAGAUUAUAGAAAGUUUAUAG